UGCAACAGGGUUGUGUUCAUUUCAUCGGGGCAGUGUUUUACUUUUACGAGAUUUUGUCUAUGCGCUCAUCAUCUUCAUCUAAAUCCCACCAAACCCAAACACAAGAGAGAGAGAGAGAGAGAGACACCAAUUCAAUUAAAAGAUCAUAAUUUUGUUCAAAUGAAUCAGUUCACUUCCUUCUUUUGAAUACCAGAUCUCGCCUCUGCCAUGUCUCAAUUCUGUGUUUUAGCUGAAGCAUAAAAAUGGAUGAUUUUUCGGGUCCUGAUUUGAUCAGUGACCUUCCUCAAAGUAUUAUAGAAACCAUUUUGAUACAACUUCCUAUAAGAGAUGCUGUUAGAACUAGCAUUUUGUCGCGUAAAUGGCGGUACAAAUGGUCCACAAUUACUCAGCUUGUUUUCGACGAAAAAUGUUACCCUAACUCAACCGACCGAGAAGUUGUUCAAAAAAGUGUUGUUGAGUUUAUUACCCGAUUGCUGUUUCUUCACCAAGGGCCAAUUCAUAAGUUUCAAAUUGUGAAUACAAGCUUGCAGACCUGCCCUGCUAUAAAUCAGUGGAUUCUUUUCCUUUCGAGAAAUGAUCUUAAAGAUUUGGAUCUUGAAUUGGGAGAAGGUGAAUUCUUUAGAAUGCCGUCAUGUUUUUUUAGUUGCGAGAAAUUGACUCGAUUGGAGCUCUCGCGCUGCGAGUUGUAUCCGCCUGCUAGUUUUAAGGGAUUUUCGUAUUUGAAGUGUCUCAAUCUUCAUCAAGUUUUGAUAUCCCCUGAAGCAAUUGAGAGCCUCAUUUCAAGUUGCCCUCUAUUGGAGAACUUAUCGCUGUCAUACUUUGACUGUUUAGCUCUUACUGUACGUGCUCCAAAUCUCAAGUACUUGUGCCUUGAAGGCGAAUUCAAGGAAAUUUGUCUUGUAGAUACUCCACUCUUGGUUGAAUUAUCUGUUGCUAUGUAUAUGACUGACGAGCACAUGGAGCAAAGCUCAACUUGCAAUUUUGUCAAGUUUCUUGGCGGUGUGCCUAACCUCGAGAGACUUGUUGGUCUUAUUGACUUCACAAAGUAUUUGAGCAUAGGUAAUGACCUAGGGCAUCUUGCUAUAAUGUACAACAAUUUAGAGACUAUUGAAAUGUAUCAAGUAAGUUUUGAGGAUAUGAAAGAAAUACUUGUCGUCUUUCGUUUGAUUACAAGCUCUCCUAAUUUAAAAGAACUUCACAUUUCGGGUUCAUCAAACAUAUCAAAUGCCCCGUAUGCUGGAUAUGCAGGUUUGGAUUUUUGGGAAAAAGAAUGCCCUUCGGAUUCUAUACUUGGUCAGCUUAAACUUGUGAAGUUGACAGAAAUGAGCGGUAUGCCACAUGAGAUCGAAUUUAUCAGAUUUUUGCUUGGAUGUUCACCUAUGCUGGAGACAAUGAGUAUCAUUCCUGCUAUGUAUGAUUUGGAUUGUCAAUUGAAAAUGGUGGUCGAACUGAUGAAAUUUCGAAGAGCUUCUACCAGAGCAGAAAUUUAUUUCAUCCGCGGAGAUUAAACAUUUUGAGUUUUGACUAUGUUGUCAUGCAUUCUUUUAUGCCUUUUUCUCAUUUUCCUUGUUACUUAUCUAUUUUUUGAUUACAAUUAGCAUCCAAUGGUGUACUUUGAGUCAAUUUCUGUCAAGAUAUAUAUGAAAACUUGUACAAGCCAUGUGUAUGUAAGGUGCACGUGCAAUGUCACCGCUCACUUUCUACUAUUGUGUCGAGAAAUGAUAUUUGUACAACCAUUUUGUAACAACUUUUAGACAACUUUCUCUCAUACUCACAUUGUGUUUUUAUCAUUUCUCUUCUUUUUUCUCUUUCCAUUAUUUUUAACCAAUAAGAAUUGAGAAAACCAAGGUUGUCACCAAAGUUGUCACCAUAUAGAUGUACAAAUAUCAUUACCCUUUUGUGUCAGUAGUUGAUUCCUAAGGUGUUCGAAUAUAAUCUAAUCUCUUAAUCUCUGGUUCAUAGGA